CUUCCCAGCAGCUUGGAACUGCAGCCUGAGGAUUGAAACAGAAACAGAAGAGAGUGACUGAAAUCCAAAAUCAGAACAAACAUCUUUAUUCAUUAGCUUCCUUCCCUUUCCCUUUCAUUCAUGCUUUCGUUUCCAAACAAAUCUAAUUCAAUCAUUUAUAAUUCAAGAACAAGGUAGCUUGUGUUAGUUACAUUACAGUAUCCCCGUGUUUUCUGAUCGCAUUUGCAUCUAAGGAGAAAAAAAAAAAACAACUUUAACGCUUUUUUUUUUCUUUUAAUUAUAUUUUUCCAUGUGUUCUGUCCUCUGAUCGUUGAAGUAGAAUGUGAUUUUUCAUUUUUUGCUCGUGAUUUCUCAGUGCAGCUCCAUUGUAUUUGUACCUCAUGUAUUAGAUGCGCACAGAUUCUUUCUUUUAUCGUGUGUUAUAUUUCAUUCAAAUAUCAAGAAUUUGCGAUUUGUAAAGAAAUAUUUAUCUUUCGUGCCUAAAAGUUUCUUUGAAUCUGAAGAGUGAGUUACCUCCUUGAUUGGUUUUAUUUUACGCCUUAAUGAUUUUCAGAAAGGAGAGAAUUUUGGAGAAAUUUGAGUGUGUGGAAGAUGAAUCAGCAGAACCAAGCUUCAGGGUAUCCAUCAAGUGUUCCAAUGAAGAGAAAACGUGGGCGGCCACGGAAAGAAGAAAGUGCAGUUCAAGGAGAGAUCAUGCCGGCAAUGCCUCCUUCUGAAAAUGUCAUGAAUUCCAGCCAAGUUUGCGCUGGAAUUACAGCUAACGAUCAUAGCGAUGCAAUGGUGGGGAAGGUGGUAACCGGCGUCAUAGAAGGCUCUUUCAGUGCCGGAUAUCUGCUUAAUGUUAAGGUGGCAGAUUCUGAUUCUCAGUUAAGAGGUCUUGUUUUUCUUCCUGGCCAAGUUGUUCCUAUCACUGCACAAAAUGAUGUGGCUCCUCAAGUUAGAAUGAUCCAAAGGAAAGAAAUUCCAAUUCCAAUUCCAGUUCUUAAUCCGCAAACUCUGACUAAUGAUUAUGUUCCUUUACCACCACAGACUUUGACAGAUGAUUACAUUCCUUCACCAGCACAAUGCAGCAAGCAACCUUCUGAGGAGGAGGCAGAGUUGCAUCUGCCCAAUCCUCAAGUGCUGCCAAUUGAGAAUCCACUUUCACUUGAGAAUCAAUCUGCCUCUGCUAUGGCAGUUGCGGUCGAGUUGCCCAAGAAUGAUAUUUCUGUUCCUGGUGGAGGGAAUCCUCAGGUAAUAUCAGAGCCUGGAUAUCAGAAUCAAUCUUCUUCUAUGGUGUCAAAUUUUGAGUGUGAAAAUCCUGUUAGGAACAACGAAACAUUGCAUCAGAUUGAUACCUCAACUGAUGUAAAAGAAUCAGGUGCUGAUGGAGGAGCAACAGAAGAUCAAGAUCCAAAGCCAGCAUCUGAACCUAUCAUCUUUCUUCCAACAAUUGAAACUCAAACUGCACAGCAGACUACUAUGCCUUCCCAGCUGAAUGAGCCGAUUCGUGAUGAGAUGAAUAAAACAUCAGAGAUUGAACUCAACAAAAGCCCUGCUGAAUCCAUGCCAUCUGAACAGGUUCACAGCUUCAUGGAGAAGCAGGCCUCGCCGAAAACCGAAGGACUACAAGAUAUGGUGGGAAAGCUUGCUACUACUGAGAUGUUGAGCUUAAUAGACUCCUCAAAUUCAAAUGGAAAAUCAAACACAGGUGUUGGAAAUGGUAUUGAUAUGGUUGGACUUGGAUCAAACCAUGCCCCUGACAGCAGCCAACCAAAAUCCAUGGUAUCUGAAGAGAUCAAGACUUCAUCUGAAGGAUGUGCUUUUGAUGCCAUUGGUAAGGUGGACGUGAAUCAGCCUACUUAGUUAAUGCAAAGGAAAGGAUGGAGAAGGUGGUAUACCAUGGUUAAUUUGGUCAUCAGAUUUAACAGUUUUGAAAUCGAGUAGAGUUUUCAAAUGCAUGGCUUCAAGAAUUUCAAGUAUUCUUGAUUGAAUUUGUUUUCUUUUAUUUAUUUUUUAUUUCUUUCAUAUUGGUUAUUUGUUCUAUUCCUGUUCUGCUACUACUUUGUCGAAUAAGUUUGUUUUUCUUUGCAGUGAUCUUUUGUUAUCUGGUGACAUUAUACUACUGAUAUUAGAAAACUACAUGGUAAGUGGCAAGUGUUGGGAGUAUAAAGUCUGGCAUACGUUUGGACAGAUUAGGCAAAAUAAAUGUAACAAGUAUGAUCAAAUACUAUCGUUUAAUAACAAACUAUUCGAAUUGAUUAGAAUUUGGAUCCUCUAAAAUGAGAAAAUUGGUAAAGUGAUAAAAUGAAAAAUUAAUUAUUGUUAAUUUUGUAACUUACAUAAAAUGUGUAUCCUAUUAUCUUAAUUUAAGAGUGAUUAAUUCCUCACUUUACUAUUUUAUCAACUUCUUCGCUAUACUACUUUACCAACUUUCAAGAAAAUAGAAGUUAUUGCUCAUUUUGAUUGGUGCGUUCUUAUGUUAGUAGUUCACGCCAACUGGGCCUUUGAUUAGUUUUUUUGGCCGUUUGGAAGCUGAAUUAAGCAUCAUAAUCGUGCAGCCAAGCCUUGGAUCAAUGGCAGCAUCACCUGCCUCACUCGGAGCUGCACCCAGGUUUGAAUCCUCAAUGAGGACUAUAGAACCCAUGUUAGUAGUAGGAGUGUAUGUUUGUGAGUUGGUGUGUAUUGUAUAAGACCAAAAAAAAAAAGCAUCAUAAUUGCCAUUCUAAUCAUGUCAACAUGCUCCAUGAAAUCGUCUUUUUAGUGUCUUGGAGGAAAUGGGUGGCAAGAAAAUAAAAAGUUAGACACUAUUCUUCCUCCACUCUUUAGACAGCUUGAGAAGUUAUGAAAUAAAGAAAUGAAGCAUAUAAAAUUAUAAAAACAGAUUUCAAACCAACCAUACGAGGACUAAUACAAGCGUAACUUGCGUAAAAUGCAACAUGUAUUACCCUAAUAACAGACUUUAACAAAACUUCUCAAUAAAACCUCAACAACCUAAUAUGCUGGAAUUUUAUCACACGACAAUAGUUGGCCCAAGUCAUAAUCCAUGUUGUUAUAACACAAUUUUAUGUUCUAAAAGGUUAUGGUUUGAGUAAUAAUUAUGAGUUUCCUUUCAAUGUAAAUAAAUUUUAGAAGUGAAUUUUCAAAUUAUCAUUUAUGCUCGACAGAAGAAGAAUGGGAACUAACCAUUCAAUGUAAAUAAGUACUCUCCAAGCAUGAUUUGAUACACAAGGUUUGCAACAAAUAUAAAUCUUAAUAUAGCAACCAUAGAUAACUAACCAGAAGAAAAAAGAAGGAAAAAUUAAAAAGGGAACAGAGUUGACUGGUUUUCCACGAACAUAGAAGCACUGAAAAUAA